GGCUCAGGUGCCCUAAGAACUGCCUACUCCACCUUAAGACAGGGUGCAGAUGCUAGCCUGGCUCCUCAGAGCUGAUCAGCCCUCUCUCUUUCUCCUAGGAUGACUCCCUGUUGCCCUGGUCUGGGUUGCUCACCUCCGCCCCCACUGUGACAUCCACAAAGGCUUAAGGGCAGGCAACAUUGCCAGGUCCCGUCACACAGCCAGCUCCAAAAUCCUCAAGCCUAACGUGGACAGCACCCCACCCCCAUGAGAGUGCAUAGACCUCCCAGCCUGCCCCAGGCGAUGCUCACAUUUUCCAGUGUUUAGAUUUUAUCCACUUUAUUAAUGAGGCAGGCAAGAGGCCCGGGUGAGGGUGUGGGGGUUUGCUUCUGCCCUGAUGAGAGGAGGGGGUCACAGACACCAGACCAAUUCAGAGAACCUCAGUCCCUGGCAGGAAGAAGCUGAGCCCAAGUGGCCCUGACCGUUGCCAGCAGCAGAGGUUUCUCCCACUCAAGGCUCCCAGCCCUAGCGGGCAGACAUGCAUAGGGUGGAGCAGCCCCUGGAGGCCAGUGGGGUGCGGGUGGAGGCGGCACAGAGCCGAGGAGCCGCCCCAGGAAGAGGGAGCGGCCUGCCGGGAGCCAGGGAGCAGCUGGCGCGGGCAGCAGGAUCCUAGUUCCGGGCCAUGGGGACCCUGCAUCCUGAGCAGCACUGGCCCUCUUGGCCACUGAUAUGAGCCCCUGCGGGCUUAACGCGAGCCUAGUGGACGAGGCAACGUGUGCAACACCCAGGGUCCCCAACACGUCUGCGGUGCUACCAGUAGGCGAUUCCGGCACAUCACCAGCGCUGCCUAUCUUCUCCAUGACCCUGGGUGCAGUGUCCAACGUGCUGGCGCUGGCGCUGCUGGCACAAGCUGCAGGUCGUCUGCGGCGGCGCCACUCAGCUGCCACCUUUUUAUUGUUCGUUGCCAGCCUGCUGGCCAUCGACCUGGCAGGCCAUGUGAUCCCGGGCGCGCUGGUGCUUCGCCUGUAUGCUGCGGGACGUUCACCUGCUGGCGGGGCCUGUCAUUUCUUGGGAGGCUGCAUGGUCUUCUUCGGCCUGUGCCCACUUUUGCUUGGCUGCGGCAUGGCCGUGGAGCGCUGCGUGGGUGUCACACAGCCGCUGCUCCACGCGGCGCGCGUGUCGGUGGCCCACGCACGCCUGGCACUGGCCACGCUGGCCGCCAUGGCUUUGGCUGUGGCGCUGCUGCCGCUAGCACAUGUGGGUCGCUACGAGCUACAGUACCCUGGCACCUGGUGUUUCAUUAGCCUUGGGCCUCCUGGAGGUUGGCGCCAGGCAUUGCUCGCCGGCCUCUUCGCCGGCCUCGGCCUGGCCGCGCUCCUCGCGGCACUUGUGUGCAAUACACUCAGCGGCCUGGCGCUCCUGCGAGCCCGCUGGAGGCGUCGCCGCUCUCGACGUCUCCGCGAGACCACGGGUCCCGAUGAUCGCCGGCGCUGGGGGUCCCGUGGACCCCGCUUGGCCUCCACCUCGUCUGCCUCUUCCAUCGCUUCAGCCUCCGCCACCCUCCGCAGCUCCCGGGGCGGCAGCUCGGCGCGCAGGGUUCGCGCACACGACGUGGAGAUGGUGGGCCAGCUCGUGGGCAUCAUGGUGGUGUCGUGCAUCUGCUGGAGCCCUCUGCUGGUGUUGGUGGUGUUGGCCGUCGGGGGCUGGAAUUCUAGCUCCCUGCAGCGGCCGCUCUUUCUGGCUGUGCGCCUCGCGUCGUGGAACCAGAUCCUGGACCCAUGGGUGUACAUCCUGCUGCGCCAGGCCGUGCUGCGCCAACUGCUUCGCCUCCUACCCCUGAGGGCUGGUGCUAAGGAUGGCCCAACGGAGCUGGGCCUAACCAAGAGUGCCUGGGAAGCCAGUUCACUGCGUAGCUCCAGGCACAGUGGCUUCAGCCACCUCUGAACGUGCCCAGAAAGCUAAGCCAAACCACUGCGCAGGGCUCAAGGGUAUAGAGAGCCUCAAACACAGCGUGCCAUGGGCGCUGCGUCCUGUGGGGCGGCAGCACACACUGACAGCACAUUGGUGCAAGAGGCUCCACCCAGACGAGUACAAUUCUAACGCUGGCCACGCGAUGGCGCAGACACACAGGACGUUCCAAAUAUCAGAGGUGGGAUGGGUCCCCAGGUCAGCAGCUCCAAUAGCAUGCGCACAAUGCUGAGUCCUUAGUGCUGAGAUUGGAGCUGCCCGUAAAGGCAGUAACGUUUUGGAUUCACUUUCCGUCUCUGCUGCCGCCACAAUAGACUCUUGCAACCAU